AUUGAAGAUGUCGUAGUCGCAUCCCCAAUAUUGCUUGCUUGGGCUCAGAGGACAUCUCCCGUAAGGAAACGAUCCUGACUAGUACAGGGAUGUCCGCGUCUCUUGGCGUCCUCUACAAAGGCAAGCGCCAUGGCGUCAAACUCACGCCCAUGCAGCCCUUGUCUGCAGUCUUCGAACAUAUCAGCAAACUCACAAAUGAACAACUGAACCCGUCUGCUUGCAAGAUCAUCCAUAACAGGAAGGAGCUUGACGUCACAACGCCUGUCCGCUUUGCCAACCUCCCAAACGGAGCCACCCUGGAAUUGAAGACAGAUGAUGACAAGAUGCUGGGCAUACAAGAGCAGAGACCACCUGAGCCCACAGAACACCCAGUGUCCCCUCAGACACACACAUCCUCUACACCCCAGGCGCCCCCCGCCCCCAGCACAACAACCACAGCGGCUCCCGAGGCUGCAGGGCCUUCCUCGACGCACCCGGUGCCGAUCUCUGAGCACAGAUCGCCCACCUCGGAAGCUGCUGGGGGUUCGGACCCUCUCUCCCUGGGCCGACCCAUACAUGUGUUCAGCCGGGCGGCUGCUGCAGAGCAGGAAGCCAGGCGCGGGGCCGAAGAAGAGCCGCCAGAAGAGUUCUUCGAGUUCACAGCGGACGACUACCACCGCGUUGCGGCGGGGCACGCGCGCGAGCGGGCGCAUGCAGAGUCGGGCUUGCGCACGCAGAAGCUGCGUGAAGAGGAGAUGCGCCGGCGCGCGGCCAGCCUCGGCCCUGUCCCCAUCCGCGCAAGCUUUGGAGCACUGGAGCAGCUUUCUGCCCUGCAAGAGCUCAUCCAGAAGUGCCUCCUGCCCAGCAUCCGCGGCAGCAAGUGGCACAUCUACACCACGCCGCCAAAGCAGGUCAUCAAGGAUUUGGGAGCGAGCUUCUAUGCAGCAGGGUUGGUGCCAGCUGCAAAUGUGCACUUCUCAACGCCAGACAGCUCCGGCCAUGAGGGGCCGUACCUGCGGCCGGAGGUGAUGGCACUGGAGGGAACGCCGCCAGAAGCCCGCGGCCUGGCCCGCAAGCAGCAGCCGCAGCCUGAGCAGUCCCAGGGAGCACGCUCUGCAAGUGCAGCAGCAGGUGCUUCAGCGGCUGGCAGCAGCUCGAAUGGUGGGGCAGGACGGGCCAGCAACGCAGAUGGCAAGAAGCUGCCCAAGUGGAUGAAGAUGGGAGGCAAAUAAGGCGUGGGAAAGUAUCAGUCACCAGGUUGUCAAUUAUAGCAGAUGGACACAAGAAGACCGCUAUGUAAUCAUGAAUAGAAGCACAUCUUAGCAAUAAUUCAUAGCAAUGCGCCUAAGCAUGCAUUGCAAGUCCCCAGCAUUUGCUGCUAUUUGUGCCACAACUAGGGCAAACAAGAUAUCCAUGCAGCUAGUCUACUGAGAGAGUAACUGGUGCUCUUGUGAGCUGAAAGCGCCUACAUAGAUAUAUAGACACGCUAUUUUUGGACUUGCUAUUGAAGAUGCACCUACAUGCAGGGAGAUGCCUUUAUGGCAGAAAAUGGCAAUGCUCGGUAGCACAUGUAAUUGCAUGCAUCUCU